AUGCAGGUAAGAAAAACUGUCAGGUAAAUAAAGGUCGCCACUUUAGAAAUGAGAAGAAAGCUGAGCCGUGUUAAUUUUCUCAAAGAUUUUUGAGACAGCAGUACUUUUGUCUCGUCAUGCAACGCUCCCAUCUGGGACGGUUACUGGGGAUAGAGGAAAAAUUGCCCAUUGGCUGACCGGCGCGUUCCCGGAAACGAUCCUAGGGGUCUUGGCGGAAAUUAACUCCGCCUAGUUUACUCCUCGUUUAUAAACUGGUGAAUGUCUUUUUAGAUUAUACAGUCGAACUAUUAUUUCGCGGCCACCCUUACUUAAGGAUGGGAAAACUGUUAGUUCUGUUCAAAGGCAAUCCACUGCUUUCCUUACAUAACUUCCUACUACUCUCACGUUCCAAAAUGGCGCGUGACAGGGCGUGGUACCCAAGGUGAACAGAAAACCAUUCUGUGCCGUUACCCAGGCACUGGUACUCGGGCACCAAGUGAGACAUUGUCAUAGUGUGAGCCUAUACCUGUAUGGAUUAAUGAAAAUGAAAUUUAUUUGUUGAUUUAUUUCAGCGUCACACGUUACGAGCUGUGCCAGUAUCUGAAGUGAAGUAUGAGUGGAAAGAUAAAAACACUCGUUUUUGGGUGUACGGCCUGGAUCACAGAGUGCACGCCCCAGACUACCCCCAACAGUGCUGUUGUGGUUGCACUAUAAUCUAGAGUAGUCAAAGAAUAAUGUAUAGCAUCGGUCAGUUUUUAUGUGCAAUCCAGACUAAUCGCUGGGCGUUCGCGUUUUGUGNUUUACUCCUCGUUUAUAAACUGGUGAAUGUCUUUUUAGAUUAUACAGUCGAACUAUUAUUUCGCGGCCACCCUUACUUAAGGAUGGGAAAACUGUUAGUUCUGUUCAAAGGCAAUCCACUGCUUUCCUUACAUAACUUCCUACUACUCUCACGUUCCAAAAUGGCGCGUGACAGGGCGUGGUACCCAAGGUGAACAGAAAACCAUUCUGUGCCGUUACCCAGGCACUGGUACUCGGGCACCAAGUGAGACAUUGUCAUAGUGUGAGCCUAUACCUGUAUGGAUUAAUGAAAAUGAAAUUUAUUUGUUGAUUUAUUUCAGCGUCACACGUUACGAGCUGUGCCAGUAUCUGAAGUGAAGUAUGAGUGGAAAGAUAAAAACACUCGUUUUUGGGUGUACGGCCUGGAUCACAGAGUGCACGCCCCAGACUACCCCCAACAGUGCUGUUGUGGUUGCACUAUAAUCUAG